AUCUCUCUCUCUCUCUCUCUCUCUCGCAGCGCCGCUGGAAGAUGGCUAAGGUCCACCCGAACAGCGCCGUUCCUUCUCUUGAGCUACCGAGGCUCGCCACCUGCGGUAACGGUGCCGAUAGUAGCGCAGCUGGGCGGAAGGAAAACGCUGCGGUGUUGACGGUAUGGCGGAAGUCUCUGCUCUUCAGCUGCAACGGGUUCACAGUCUUCGACGCCGAGGGAAACUUGGCCUUCCGAGUCGACGUCUACGGAUCCGGCACUCCCGAGGAUCUCGUGCUCAUGGACGCCGCUGGAAAGCCGCUACUCACCGUCCGGCGGAAGAAGCUGAGCCUCGGGGAGAAGUGGCUGAUGUAUGGCGGAGAAGACACCGUUAACCCCAUCUACGUCGUCAAGAGGCGCGUGACCCUCCUCCCUUCGAAGCCCACCGCCGCCAUCGCCCACGUGGCCCAGUGCCGCGGCGGCGGUCCCGGGUACGAGGUCGAGGGGUCGUACUCACGGCGGAGCUGCACCAUCUACGACAAGCGAAGGCUGGUGGUGGCAGAGGUCCGGCCGAAGGAGGCCGUCGGCGGCGUGGCCUUCGGCGGCGACGUCUUCCGCCUCGUCGUCCACUCGGAUCUCAACGCGUGUCUCGCGAUGGGCAUUCUGAUCACCCUCGAUCAGAUGUUUCGAUGAGGGUGGCGUCUCUGAUCGACGGCUGAGAUCGAAAGCUGGAAUGAAGGCCAUUUGCGGCCUCUGCUUUCUAUCUCGCAUAUUGACCAAUGGAAGACAAGCAAAAUAUGAGUGUAAAUAUUUCCAUUUGCAAUGAGGAAUUUGGAUUUUGGUCCGGCAAA